CCCUAAAAUACCACAAAGAAGAAACCGACAAUAACUCAAAAACAAAAUUAAAUAGAGUAUAUAACUUCACAUAUCGGUUAUUUUCCUGUUUAAUUAAGGGUUGUGCUCUCAUUUAGAUGGAAUAAAUGUGAAUCCCUAGCUGCAUAAUUACGCUUUGUUAAUAAACUGACUAGAUAGCUAGCUAACUUAGCUGGCUAGCUGCUACUCAAACUUUUAAUUUCUCAUUUGUGAUGAUGGACUCGGACGAUUUCGCAGCCGUUUCAACAGGAAAUCCCUUGACUUUGGAUUCAGCACGCCUACUUAUUCCACCAAUCCAUCUUAUGGCAGCGUCUAUGUGGCAGGUGCUGAAGAAACAAGAUGUUAUGAACUACUGGAAAGUAGCAGAGUUUGUGUGUUUGGUAAUGGAUGUGGUUCCAGAGCUGUUAAUGUACAAAGACAAGAUGCAGCUAGACAUAGGAUUAAGAGCAAGGUUUAUUCUUGAGUUAUGCCGCAAUGAACAUCUUACAGAACCAGAAUUGAUCUUAUCUCAUGUGGAUAAACUGAAACUACAAUUCCCCAUCCUGCCUAAUAUGAAGGAAAUUGAAGAGGAGGAAGUCGCAUUUGACUUUCUUCAUUUGAUUCAAACUCUUCUUAAAGAUCCCGAAGAGAGAAGAAACUUUUUCUUGGAAGUCUUCCCUGUUUGGUAUGGGCUGCAGUACGACAGGGAUUUGCAGACUUUGUUUUGGGAGUUCCUUUGUCGAUUGGCUCAGCUUUUACCGGUGCCUGAUAUUGAGCAGACUGUUUCAUGGCUGAAAGCUGAAUGCUCUGUGGAGGAUUGUCUACAUUCACCUGCUGAAGCUGCACACCUGAGAAAUUUGCUCCAGUACCACAAGCACCUUGGUCAUUUAGAGCAGCACUUUACACCUUCUAAUGUGGGCGACUCCAUCCUUUCUUCCCUCUGCGCACGUCCCCCAAAGAGAGUGGCAGCACACACCGAGUCAGAUCCUCCUAAAGCCCUCACUGAUGACAUACACACUGUGUCGUCUCACGAUGUCGUAGCACUUGAAAUACUCACAGUGACAGAUAUAGCAGAGGUGGUAGUAAGCAGAAGCAGCGACGUAGAGGUGGAAACAGGAAAACACAAAGUUGAAACUGCAAACACUGUGACUAAGAAUUCAGUAGCUGUGCUUUCUGAAGAGGCAACCAGAGAAGAAAUAGUUGAAGCAAGUGAGAACACAACAAAAGAACAACCUGAUGAUGAUCUGAGCAAAACUGUCCUCCUCCAUCCAGAAGGAAGUGAGCCUUCCCAAAGCAAAAUCCCCAUUGGGCCCCAUGACUGCCCAAGCUGUGAGAAGAAGUUUAAGUUUGCCUCAUCACUGACUGCUCACAGCGUGAUUCACACCGGUGAGCGCCCCCACCGGUGCUUCAAGUGCGGGCGCUGCUUCUCUUUCAGACAGUCCCUUGACAGACACAAGCACACACACAAAACUGGACGCAAGUACGACUGCGUCAUCUGUGGGGAGACCUUUCACUCGCUGUCUGCACGCACGGAACACAAGAAAGCCCACAUGGAGGACACCCUUUAUGCCUGUCGCUACUGCUACAAGAGAUUUACCUGGGAGCUGUCACUUGUGAGGCACUUGAAAACUCACACGCAUCCUCUCAGCAGAAACAAACCGACAGAGAUGGGGGAAGAUGGGCAAGAUGUUGUUGCGCAUGAAGAACAUAGCACCACAAGUGUAGGAUGUUCUGAUCACAACUACCAAGUGAAAACGGAGGGUGAUGACAGCGAAUGCAGCACAGAUGUUCAGAUUGACAAAUCUCCAGAUUGUCCCACCGUCGGGCCUGGAGGCCUGGUGCCUGAACUCAUCAGUGAGGUCAUUGAUUUGGUCAAGGUCCGCACCAGUGGCCGCAAACGCAAACCAACCAUGAAGUUUCAGGUGAUGAAUUUGCAGAAGCGGGUCUUAAAGAGAAAGAAGGAUAUGGACCCAGUGAGUCCACCAGCUUCUAACCUGUGGCCUGUCAACUGUACAGAUCACUCCUAUGGUUCACCUGUGGUCUCGUCAAAGGGCAGGGAUGAAGCAGAAGUGCAGCAGCACAACACGGCUCCUGCUGCAGAAGACGAGGUGCCGUCCCUUCCUCCCCUCAUACAGGAAGAGGAACGUUUUUGUUGUACAACAUGCAGCAAGAGCUUCAAAUUUCAGUCCUUACUAAAAUCUCACCAACGCAUCCACACAGGCGAGCAGCCCUUCCUGUGUUCUCAGUGUGGACAGAGUUUUUCCUUUAAACAAUCGCUGGAGAGGCACAACCGGAUACACAAAUUGGGACGCAAAUACGAGUGCCUGAUCUGUGGGAAGUUCUUCAAGUCGCUGAUGGAUCAGAGGGAGCACAAGAACGCUCACAUGGAGAACGGGCAGUACGUGUGUUCUGCGUGCGGCAGAGCAUUCACCUGGAAGUCGGCACUGCUGAGGCACCUGAAGACCCACGAAGCCGACAAAGUGGAGCGAGCGUUCAAAUGUCCUCGCUGUGACCUGGGCUUCACCUGCGCCAGCUUCCUCAGCCGGCACCUCCAGACUCACCAAGAAGAGAGAGCUCACACCUGCAACUGCGGAAAGAGCUUCACAUACCGGGCGGCUCUAACGGCCCACCAACGCAUCCACCAGAAGGAACGGCCACACGCGUGCACGGUAUGUGGCAAGGGAUUCCUCUACAAGGGUGGCCUACGGAGUCACAUGAAGAUCCACUCGGAUGAAAAACCCUUCAUCUGUUCCUUCUGCGGCAAGACCUUCAAAUGGGAACGCGGCAUGAAGAAGCACGAGCGCUGCCACACGAGGGAGAACGUGUUCUGCUGCUCCCAGUGCGACAAGAGCUUCGUGUAUAAGGCCACUUUGAUCAGACACGAGCUGACGCAUUCAGGAGAGAAACCGUACCUCUGCUCCGACUGCGGGAAAGGCUUCUUUUCUCACGCUGAGCUUCUGAAGCACGAACGUUUUCACACGGGCUACAAGCCCUUCGAGUGCCCCCACUGUGGGAAGAAAUUCACACAGUCAUGCUACCUGACCAUCCACCUACGCUAUCACACCGGAGUCCGCCCAUACUCCUGCACAGAGUGCGACAAGAGCUUUCUCAGCGCCAAUCGCCUGAAGAGGCAUCAACGGACACACACAGGAGAGAAACCAUUCCUCUGCAUCAUGUGUGGGAAAGGAUUCAGGCAGUCCUACCAACUUAAAAUACAUAAACGAACACAUGCCACCAGCUUAAUGUAGACUAGAUCUUAACAAGUCCCCAACACUCUGCGGUUUCAAUUGAGAGCAUUAUAUGCUUUGUCUUUCUGUUACACUGAAAGCAAUUCAUAUGCAUGAAGUUUUAAAUACAGUAGAGUCAACGCUAGAGCUGCCACACACGACUAUUUUGAUAGUCGACCAGUCAGCGUUUUUUUAGUCCACUAGUCAGAUCAUACGCAAAUUGCAGCUUAUUGCAUUUUGAUAUCGAUACCAUUAUCGAUUCCACUUCUCAAUCCUAUUCCUUAUCAAUACCUCCUGUGAAUUUUCUGUGUACUACAAGU